GCUAAGAAAAGAGAAACACAAACAUGUCUGAGCUGGCAAGGGACUGGUCCUGGCCUCCAAAUAUGGGUGCUUUCCCCGCCCCUUGUUCCACCCCCCCCCCCACCAGCCACCCCUCAACACUCUGGUUCUCCCUCCCCUCUUGCUAAGGCAGAGCCAGGAAUCCCAAGCAGCUUGCCCCUCCCCCUACCAUUAUAGUCUCACAUGCCAGGGGGAUCAGGCCAGCAACUAUCUUGGGCCCAGGCAGAGACUGGCAGGGAAGGAAUCUGCCUGGGCUGGGCCCCAAGGACAUUAACUCUUUGUGGCUCCUCGGAGAAAGAAGGCCAGUGGUCACAGCUCUGUCAUUGUCCAGACAUUUGUGUUGCCCGGGGUAGAAGGCAGGAAUGAGGGGAAGCCCUUGACAUCAUUCUAGCCAGAAAGGACUCCUGCCUUCUCACUAGUAAUCCGACAGGGGAAAUAGGGUAGGGGGUGGUUGUCGAGGAAACGUGCUUAUAGAACUGGAGAAUCUUAGAGAAAAGGAGCGGCAGAGCAGGGAUUAGAACUCAGUUUUGGAAAAGGAAGGAGAGCACCGGAACACCUCUGCCCAGCAUAGCAGAAGGUACCUUGGUCUUGUAGUGAGAAAAACCUGAGUGUGAAUUCUGCCUCGCACACUUACUAGCUGUGUGACCUUGGCCCAAUACAUCCCUUCCCUGCUUUGGGUCUCAGUUUCCUCAUUUCUACAAUAAGGCUGGGCAGAACAUCCUCCAAAAUUCCUCCUAGUUUGGAGCAAUGAUGCUCGAUACUUAAUUCUCAAAUGACUAGCAGAUUAGGUUUAGGAAGAUGCCCAAAGAUUUAGGGCUUUGACACGUGGGAUGGAGGCAGUUUGGGAAGUCUCCGGGACGGAUGAGUAUGCCCUCCUUGGAUCCGAAUCCAGUUUACUCAACCCAGUUGAGCAGCUGAACAGCUGAGCAACCGGAUCCGAGAGGGAGCCGGUGGGGGAGGAGGUCACAGUCCGCCGAGCUUCCUCCUCCUCUCCCACCGAGGCUCCGCACUAUUUUUGGACAGUGCCGACCCCGCCCCAGCCCCAGCCCUCGCGGGGUCCUUUCCAGAGCACUGGCUCUUCGUCCUGGCAGGAAGGGCCCGCCGUGUCCGCAGGGGCUGAUCGGUGGCUGAAGGUCCAUCUGGGGCCAUGUCGGGUCGCUCGGUGCCACACGCCCACCCGGCCACCACCGAGUACGAGUUCGCUAAUCCGAGCCGCUUAGGCGAGCAACGAUUUGGGGAAGGCCUGCUCCCGGAGGAGAUCCUGACUCCCACCCUGUACCAUGGCUACUACGUGCGGCCGCGGGCAGCACGGGCCGGGGAGAGCCCAAGCGCGGGGGCCUCGGAGCUCCGUCUCAGCGAAGGCAAGUUCCAGGCCUUCCUGGACGUGAGCCAUUUCACCCCGGAUGAGGUGACAGUGAGGACGGUGGACAACCUGCUGGAGGUGUCUGCCCGGCACCCUCAGCGCUUGGAUCGACAUGGCUUUGUGUCCCGUGAGUUCUGCCGCACCUACGUCCUGCCUGCUGAUGUCGAUCCCUGGCGCAUUCGGGCUGCGCUCUCCCACGAUGGCAUUCUCCAUCUGGAGGCUCCGCGGGGAGGAAGACGGUUGGACACAGAGGUCAAUGAGGUCCACGUUUCUCUGUUACCUAGGCCUCCUGACCAGGAGGAGGAAGGGGAGGGGGACAUGAUGGGACUCUGAGGAUCCCAAACCUGGCACCAAGCAAGUUCCUUUCUGUCUUAGGGGAGGGGCUUUUGCUGUGUGGUGAUGAGAGCACCUGCCCACCAGCUCGGAGGCAGCUGCAUCUCGUGGGAAAAAGGAAGGAAAAGGGGAAGGGGAAACGGGAUGGGGAGGUGACCUGGGGAGGGGGGAAGGAGAGUAGUGAUUUAAAGGAAUUUCUAUCUAGUGUGAUCCCUUAGAACAUGUGGACAUUGAACAGCCUUGUUAUUCAGUUGUGGGUAGAGAUGAAUAAAUCCAAAUCCUAGGGCCCUGUUUGUGUUUCACCCUGUUCUGUGUCUGGAGAAUAAGACUAAGAGUGAGGAAAGAAGUCCUAGACAAGGGCUGCAGAACUUCUGGCUGGAUAGAGUGCUCAUAAUUUGGAUAUGCUGAGUUCAACUCCAGACCCAGCUCACAGCUGGAUGCUGUGAUUACAGCAGGACAUUGGCACUGACUCCUAAUCAGAUUCCUAGCUCCGAUUUUCUCACAAUACAACAAAGCCAGAGUGAUCCUGGUAGGGGAUGAGAGCUGUGCCAUCCAAACAAGCCAGAGGGCAUUGUCUGGGCUGGUGAUUAGAAAUACAAAAACAAGGGUCUCCAGACAGUCUGGGCUUUUCAAGGUAGAACUUGGGAGGGGUCUGGGGGACAGAACAGAACAUGUUUUUGUCUAGGCUGGGUUGCCUAAAGCAAUGCUCUUCAGUUCCUGGGCAACUAGACAGAGUUCUCACCUUCAAGGGGGCUUAAAACAGCCAGGGAGCAUGAAUACUGGAAUGAAUGAAUGAACGAACAAAUGAAUGAAUGAAAAAGCAUUAGGCAAGGAAUCUUCCUCCUCAAGCACCCUUGUGGCCUGAACUGUCCAUAGCAGUCACACAUCAUGGAUUUUUAGAGGUUUUUAAGAUUUUUAAAGAUCAUCCAACUCAAUCCUUUAUUUUAUAUAUACAAGAAAACUGAAACCCAGAGACUUAAAAUCCUAAAUCUGGAGAUGGGCAAGAUCUUAAAGAGCAAGUAGACCAACCUCUUCAUUUUACAGAUAAGGAAACUGAGGCCUAUAAAGAAGUGACUUGUUUCAUUUGAUGAAAGUAGGUAGAAGCAGAGCUGAGACUAAAAUCUGCUCCUAAUCUGUUUUUAAAAACUUUUAAAAGUUUUCAACUAAUAAUAACUUAUCUCCCUGCCAUCUCCCCUGCUUUGUAACAAAUAUGCAUGGUUAAGCAAAGCAAGUUUCCAUAUAUAUCAUGUCCAAAAAUUUAUGUUCUGUCUUCAUUUUUAGUCCAUCACUUUUCUGUCAAGAGAUAAAUAGCAUCCUUGAUCCCUCUGGAACAAUGGUUGGUCAUUGUGUCAUUUUGAGUUCUAUAGUCUAUCAAAGUAAUCCAAUAGGUAUUGGACUAAUACAUAGACUCUCUAAUUCAUGAAAUUUCCCAUAACAGGAAUCAAACUGCUCAAUCAACUUCUAGCACUUAAGGGAAGAAGAGGGUCCAGGCUCAGAUUUCAAGUUGAUGUGUCCAGAAAGCUGGUAUUGCUUUCCUGGGGAAGCAGUGUUGAAGGAGGCUCUAAAUUCAAGAAAGGUGAAACUAUUGGGUGUCCAGGAUAGCUUUAGAGAACCUGGACCCUUAAUCAUUCUUCAUUCAGUCCUUGAAUUGACAACACACACCCAACAACUUCCAAUAAAUUAUCUCUACCACCAGCCUGUAAUUGUUAACUGAAAAUUCUCCAUUAGAAGUUAAUUGGGAUAAUCAGAGAAAUGCAAAUUAAGACAACUCUAAGAUACCACUACACACCUGUCAGAUUGGCUAAGAUGACA